UGUGACAAGUUAUUGGUCUUUGCGUGAAAACGGAAUUUAGUUGUUUAUGAAACAGCGCUCGUUGCACAAAAUUUUAUUUUUAGUUGUGAAAUGCUAGGUUCAUUGUUUUUAGCUAGCCGAGUUGAAUUUAAACGACUUGCAUGGUGAAAAUGCACACGGUGAAAGUCGGGUGGUUUGGCUUGCUCGCUCCGCGGCAGCUGUUAAGCCGAUCUGAUUCGGUUUACAGUAAAGUCCGCGCUGCAGUUUGUGUGCCGGACUUAUUAGAUAGUGUUGUUGGACGCACAGCAGCGACGUCGACGCGUGAGCCGGUGAUAAUCCGCGUGCCGAGGCGCAUGCAGGAGCGCGUGGACAGUGUGAAGCAGGUGAAGCGAACAAACGUGGGAAAAGUCGCCACAGUGAAAGCUGGGAGACUGCUGAUCAAGAGCAAGAACCCAGUACUGAACCAGUCUGUCGCUUACACACUGGGGAAGUUUGAAGAACCGGUCCUAACCUCCAAGGGAUGGAAGAGUAACAAGUCAUUCGGGGACUAUUUCACCAUCAACAGCACUCAGAACGCGCCUCCGUUCCUCCCUGAUCCCAAUCAGGACAGUAAACAAGGUGGACAAGAUGGUCCCAGAAGGACAUUCGAUCAUUUCCGUCUUUCGUCAGAGCUGGUCGAGACCCUACAGAGUCACGACGUUACUCAUCCCACCAUCGUGCAGUUACAGACCAUUCCCAAGCUGCUCCGCGGGCACAACGUCCUGUGUGCCGCCGAGACAGGCAGCGGCAAAACGCUCGCCUACCUCCUGCCCAUGAUCCACAAACUCCAUAAAGAGACGACGGAGAUGGAGAUGGGAUCAGAGCAGAAGACGCAAGCGGUGGUCCUCGUGCCGUCCAGAGAGCUGGCCGAGCAAGUCACCUCAGUUGCAAGAUCUCUGAGCAAGCCGUUUGGAUUCAGGGUUAAAGUCAUAGGUGGAGGAAGCGGAGUCGGGAGCAUCAAAGCGGCUUUCAGUUACGGUCAGCCUCACGUUCUGGUUGCGACUCCCGGUGCGUUGCUCAAGGCCCUGCAGAGACGCUUUGUGGAUCUCAACGAACUGCGUUUUAUGAUAAUAGAUGAAGCCGAUACGAUGUUCGAUCCCAGCUUUGUAGACAUGCUCGAGAAGAUCCUCCGGCAAACCCAGAUCGCUGAAAACCUCUCAGAGAUAACCGGGCCGGCCAGAAAAGCACAGCUUGUCAUAGUGGGCGCUACUUUCCCCGGAGGAGUCGGCGAACUCUUGGGUAAAGUGACCGACCUGUGCAGCUUGGUGACGGUUAAGAGUCGGAUGUUGCACUACCUGAUGCCGCAUGUCAAGCAGACCUUUGUUAAAGUGAGAGGCUCUGAGAAAGUUCUGGAGCUUCACCAAGCCUUGAAGGAGGUAGAGCCAGACCGGAAGGGCGUUCUGGUUUUCUGCAAUUCGGCCGCCACCGUCAACUGGCUCGGCUACACUCUGGAAGAGAUGGGCCUGCGUCAUGCACGUCUUCAGGGAGAAAUGCCUGCUGCGAUGAGGGAAGGAAUCUUUCAGAGCUUCCAAAAAGGCCAUGUCGACGUUUUGCUUUGUACUGAUAUCGCUUCCCGGGGACUGGACACUCAAAGAGUGGGCUUGGUGGUUAACUACGACUUCCCAGAAUCCCAUACGGACUACAUCCAUCGAGCAGGUCGUGUAGGCAGGGCGGGAUCCUCAGGUGGAGGACACGUCCUCAGUUUUGUCACUCAUCUGUGGGAUGUGGAACUGGUGCAGAGCAUCGAGACGGCAGCCAGGAGGAGAAUGUGUUUACCAGGAAUGGAGACUGAGAUCCAGAAACCCGUUAAGACCGCGUCAUUAUCACAGGAGAGCAAAUGA